AUGUUACCGGCGCAGAGCUCUCUGGCCGAGUCCGUGGACGGUGACGAUGUGAGAAGCGAGGAUGGCGGCGACGAGAGGAAGGGAGAGCGGCCCGGCGGCCAUUACUACUGCCUGUACCAGUACCAGCAGGCCGGGGGCCUGUCUCUGGUAGACACGAACCUCGCUGCUGAGGCCGACCCCGAGCUCCGGAUCAUAGCAAAGCGCUUGUCCCGAGGAGCCAUGUUUGAGGGUGUGGGGAACGUGUCAUCUGUGGACCUUGGCUCUCCUGAAUAUGUGCUGGGCUGUUACUACUGCCUGAUACAAGGUAAAGCAGAGGAGUGCAGCGCGACUGCACCCCCGGAACACAUCAUCUGCUUCCUGGGGGGCAGCGAGAAAGGCCUGGAUCUCUUCAGACUUGAGCUGGAUCAUUAUGUGGACGGCCUGAAGAGCAAAUUAAAGAUGGGUUACCUGGAGUUGGAGAUUCGGCCAUAUCUCGUUGCCUGGUUUGAAGAUUCAGUGUUGCCCAUACAUCGGGUGGUGAACCUCUUUCAGGAGAAGCUGGCUUACUUGCUGUAUGCGGCGCUGAGCUACACCCCUGUGGAAGUUGUGAACUCCACUGAGCAGACGCAGAACGAUAUCAGUAGGUUCCUGACCUCGGCCAGUCUGCAGGGCUUAGUCCAGGAGGGAACCAUGACAUCCCUGUGCCUGGCAAUGACUGAGCUGCAGCAGCAGCGAUCUGUGACCGUGGACGUCAGCGACGGUCAGCCGCAGCUGGGUAAUGCAGUCAGUAACCGCUUCUGUGAGGACUGGAUGCAGGUCUUCAUCAACACCUACGAUGGGGGCAGCCCCUUUCUCUUCCGCCAGAAGCUGGAGAACUUCAAGCUGAAGGUCAUUCAAGACAUGAACAAUCUGAAGCGCCUGAUCCGCCAGGCGGAGAGCAGCCAUUACGCCCUGUUCCGCUGCUACAACUUCCUGAAGAACUGUGGGAAUGGCGACCUCCUGCUGCAGAUCGUGGCGGUGGAGCACGCCGAGCUGCCCGAGGCCCGGAGCGUGGUGAGGGUGCUGGAGGAGUUCAUCCGCGAGGAAGGCUUCCCCGUCCGUGACUCCUGACCCCCCCAGGAGUGUGUGUGGUUUACAGUCCUGCCCCCUGACGCCAUUAAUUCUGACCUACGAGACCCCCGCCCUCCGCAUGUGGUGGUCAGGGCAUCCCCCCACCCGGCACUUUGUUUGUGGUUUACAGUCCUGUCUGUAUCCCCCCCCAAUCAUUUCUGUGAUGCCCCCAUUGUGGCCGUUUUUAGGUUUAAUCAGGCCCGUUUACACGUGGCCCCCUCCCCGCUGCGGCCCCCACCCUGUAGUUGUGCCCAGAGGUGUAAUGGGAGGGGGGGGGGAUAAAGCCGCCAUCUACACGGCAGAGAGGAGGUGGAAUGACUUCACCCCCCAUCGUUACCCCCUACUCCCCCUGUACUCAGACACUUUAUCCUCCAGACAUUUCAGGGGUCCCCUGCACCCCUCAGUGUGUGAUAGACUGCACUACUGCUGUCCAGCCGCCUCAGUACUACUGCCCUGUGCUCUGUAUUAAUAAAGCUGCUGUGCUGGACUGACA